GAGGAUGUGAAUGGGGAGGGGGCACCCGUCCCCUUCCCCCACCCUUCCCUUCAGCCGGGCUGGGGUGGGGGGAGGGGCCAGGCUGAGGCGAGGCGGCGGUGCUUCGGGAGGGCAGGGCCAGGCAAGGGCGCUACUGGCCCGCUGCUGGCAGACCGAGAGCCGCGGACCUAACGGGUCUGGACGCAGGAGGCGGCGGCGGCGGCUUUCUGCACGGGCGGAGGAGGCGGCAGGAGCGGCAAGCAUGGCCCGCGCGGCGCCCGGCGCUGACUGAGGCUGGCCUCAAACUUGAGGUGAUCUUCUUGCCCCAGCUUCCCAAGUGCUGGCACCAUCACUCCUGGUCUGGAUUGGCCUUGAAGUGGUCUCCCAACCUGGCUCAAAUGCCCCAUCUCCUUAGGCUGAGCUGCAGGGUCUCCUGUAGUCCCACUUCCUUCCUCAAGGGUCAUGCUGCGGCAGCCUGGCGCCUGACAAGUGAGUGGGAACCUGCCAGGAGAUUACUGCUAGUGCAAGCUCCAGCAGGACAGACUGGCCUUGGGGAGUGGGGAUGGGCAGAACAGCCACCGAGCCCAGGCCAGCAGCUCCAGGCAGGAGGCCUGGGCCCUAGUGGGGAGCUCUACACAUGCUGUGAUGCCCCAGAGGGCUUAGAUGCAGUCCUCCACAAGCAGCAGCAGUUCCCCACCCCAGAAGACCCCACAGCAGAAGUAGGUGCUUCGUGACCCCCUGUACCACGGCAACUGGGAGUGUGAACACCAGGAGAAGAGAGCAGAACUCGGAUGUGACGAAGUGGGGUGGAAGCCAGCACCAGGAGCUCUUGGUCUCUGCAGCAGUUCCUGAACGCCUGCAGAGCUUCACGUGUCCUUCUGUCAUUGUUGGAGCCUGGCUCCCCUCCUCUGAUACCCGGGGUGGGAAGGGCUCUUUCGUGGAAUGUGGCUCCCUGAAGCUGUGUAUGCUCUGUUGUGAUGAGAGUUCCAGGGCUUUCCCACUGUGGGGCACGCUGAGGGGCUGCCUCGGCAUCUGCUCAUGAGCCACAAGGACCCCGACUGCUCCAGACUGGGCCUUUUCAAGCCACCAAAGAGGGGAACCUGUGGACCUGGCAGCCAGAAAUCCCAAGGGACUAGAGGGCUGGCAUGGACUGAACUCCCCCUCACUGGGGUGGCCGGAGAGGCAGAGCCUUUGUGGCCCAGCUAGUGACAGAGAAACCUGAUGAAGCCCUAAGAGGGUCUGAAGUGGCUCAGGGACAGGGGAGCCACUCCUGCCAAUGAGCUUUCUCCUUACGUAGAGGGAGGAGGGCUUGCUGAGGGUCCCCUGUGGCAGCACGUGCCCCUAUGCCCUUUGCAUGUACUGCCAGAACAGGCAGGCUGCGCCGUGGCCAGCCCCUCGGUGGACUGGGAAAGGAGUGGCCACGGUGACAGCCACCUGCCUGCCAGCACCAUGAAGUGCUCCCUGCGGGUGUGGUUCCUCUCGGUGGCCUUCCUGCUGGUGUUCAUCAUGUCCCUGCUCUUCACCUACUCGCACCAUAGCAUGACCACCUUGCCCUACCUGGACUCUGGGGCUUUGGGCGGGACACAUCGGGUGAAGCUGGUGCCUGGCUAUGCCGGCCUCCAGCGCCUGAGCAAGGAGGGUCUCUCGGGCAAGAGCUGCACCUGCCGCCGCUGCAUGGGCGAUGCUGGUGGCUCCAAUUGGUUCGACAGCCACUUUGACAACAACAUCUCCCCCGUCUGGACACGAGAAAACAUGGAUCUCCCUCCAGAUGUCCAGAGGUGGUGGAUGGAACUGAGGGAGUGGUCCCAGUAUCCGAUGUUGCAGCCCCAGUUCAAGUCACACAACACCAAUGAAGUGCUGGAGAAGCUGUUCCAGAUUGUGCCCGGCGAGAACCCCUACCGCUCCCGUGACCCCCAGCAGUGCCGGCGCUGUGCUGUGGUGGGGAACUCAGGCAACCUUCGGGGCUCUGGCUAUGGGCAGGAUGUGGACGGGCACAACUUCAUCAUGAGAAUGAAUCAGGCACCAACUGUGGGCUUUGAGCAGGAUGUUGGCAGCCGGACCACCCACCAUUUCAUGUACCCCGAGAGUGCCAAGAACCUGCCUGCCAACGUCAGCUUCGUGUUGGUGCCCUUCAAGGCCCUGGACCUGCUGUGGAUUGCUAGUGCCCUGUCCACCGGGCAGAUCCGAUUCACCUAUGCUCCAGUGAAGUCCUUCCUUCGAGUGGACAAAGAGAAGGUCCAGAUCUACAACCCAGCCUUCUUCAAGUACAUCCACGACAGGUGGACGGAGCACCACGGGCGGUACCCUUCCACAGGGAUGCUGGUGCUCUUCUUUGCCCUGCAUGUGUGUGAUGAGGUGAACGUGUACGGCUUCGGGGCUGACAGCCGCGGCAACUGGCACCACUACUGGGAGAAUAACCGGUACGCGGGCGAGUUCCGGAAGACGGGCGUGCACGACGCAGACUUCGAGGCCCACAUCAUCGACCUGCUGGCCAAGGCUAGCAAGAUCGAGGUCUACCGAGGUAACUGAGCUGGGCUCUCCACGACCCUUCCCGCCCAGCCUCUUGGCCUUGGGGCCAGAUCGCCCUGGGCGUUGCCAGGCAAUCAGGAACCGUGCGGCCUGGCCUGGACCAAUCAUGCUGCAGUUCAGGGAACGCCUGCUGCCCUGCGCCAAUCACAAGUCCCUGGGGGCCGGCCCGGGCCUGGCACCAAUCAGCGCUGCAGUCGGGCGGAGCUUCUGUUUCUCCUAGCCAAUCAUGCGACUCAAGGAAAACUUCCUGCUCUGGAGCCAUCUCCUCCAAUCAAUGGGCUUCGGAGGCGGGCUAGUGACCGGCCAAUCCCCAUCCUUUCUGCUUUUGAUAGGAUUUCGUUUUCCGCCUUUUGAAAGGUAGAGGCUGCUUGGUCCUCGAUUGAGAACUUUUCUCGGGCUCCGGAAGACAAGCGUCUCGAUCGCUUCCCAGCUGGUUCCACGGGGGCGAGGAGGAGGUGGAGGGGCGGCGUCGGGCGGGGUUGGUCUGGUGGAGAGAGUCGGUGUCCCCAGAGCCGGGAGCAGCGGCAGCUGCGCGUUUCCUGCGUCCGCCGGCCCGCUGGGCGAGAGCACAGCCACCAAAGAAACGCGGUCUCGGUGAAGCCGCCGCCCGCUCGCCCCGCAGAGCCUCUGACCAGGGCAUUUCGUGUCGCGCCGGAAACCGGGGCAUCGCCCCUGCCAUGGGUUAAGCCUUGCCCAGCGCCCACUCCGUACGGGUGUCAGGAGCGGGGCGGGGGACCAGGAAACCUUGUCAGUCACACGUAAGGUGCUUCUCACGCGUGCUCUCUCCCCAACAGUUAACCCCAGCAGCUCUCCCUCCUCAGCCCGAGGACGCCUCACCAACCUACUUGUUGCUUUGGGGAAAAAAAUCAGAAAGCUGCCUAGGAUUGGGCCCCUGCUUCUCUGCCUGCCUGCCUGUCUGUCUUCCUGUCUCUCUCUGUCUCUCUCUGUGUGUCACACACACUGCACACAUGUCUGGCUGGCCCCAGGGAGAGCAGCACGUUGGAAAGGAGGCUAGAGAAGAGCCCAGCUGGCCAUGCAUGCACCUUCACCCGUCACCCCAAAGAACAGGAAGCCUCUUGCUUGAGGGUGCGAUUUGCUUUGGUCUCCUACUCUGGUUCCCCCGCUCCGGCUGCCCGCUCAGAAGAGGCCGUGCAGACCCUCUCGUGCCCUGCCCACCUCCCAGCUCACGGUUUCCAGGCCGUAGGGCUGGGAAGCGACCACCAGGGGUUCCGACUGGAAGCUGCUUGCCUGAGGAGACCCAGCCCAAGGCCCCAGAACUGCUGAUGGUACUCUCACCUUCAAGGUUGGAAAAUGUAGUCGGGAAAAGGCUUCUGUGAAGCUCCCAAAUCAAGGAAAGGAUCCCCCGUCUCGACAGCCUCGACACCAGUACUGCCCUUUUCAGAGCUGGUGCCACCACGCAGUCUCCCGGCUGAGGACAGUCACCCACGGGACAGUGCUAGGGAGCAGUGGUGUAAGGAAAACUGGGUAUGAGUCUUUGUCUUCUCAGUUUCCGAAGCAGGAGGGUGGGCAUGAUGGGGCCCCACAGACCCUUUCUCAGGUCCCCGCCAGCGGGGAGCGGGAGGCACCAGCCCUUCUUGCCCGACUCAUCUCAGUGCUUCCACAAGAGGCUGUUUGGAGUGUGAAGAUGAUAAACAAUGCAAUGAUGCCAAACAGUAUUGAGCAGAAUAAUUUAUUUCUUUUUUGUUUCUUUUUCUUCUGUUUAAACCAUUAAUCCCCAUUCUGGAAGAAGUAGGUCCCAGCACUCAGCCCAGGUCACCUUUUCUGCAAUAGUUAUUUAAACAUUUUUUAUUCCUUCCCCUUUCUCUUUCUGAAUUAAAAAAAGAAAAAAACCCCA